GUGGAGAAAAAGAAAUACUUCAAGGCCUGAAAUCUCUUUGCUGAUAGUGCUCUUGUCGUUGAAGUUGCAAAUCAAUAUGGUGUCAAACAUACCCUACGAAUUAAAUAAGUUUAAAGAACAUACAAAGUUGUUAAAACAAGUAAAAAAAGAGACUGAUAAAACCUUUCGUGAAAUUAAAAACUUUGUUCAGUUUUCAUCUAAUGCUUCUUAUACAACUUCACCUCUAUUUCCGGAUAUUGAAUACCACGAACUUGCUCAAACAUGUGAUAAGCCUCCUACAAUAAUAGUGUUGGGUACAUCAUGUUACGCUAAAGUGUGCGUUAUAAAUGAACUUCUGGGAGAACCCAUUUUACCGAUUGUCGAAAAUGACUCAAAUGUUAUGUGGCGUAUGAUACGUUUAAAACAUGGCUUUUAUUCUACGCUUAGUUUAGUUUUAUUAGAAAAUUUUGAAUUAGCGGCUGCACUUGAUGCCUACGAGGGAACAUGGCGCUCAGUCCCCCGAGCUGAUAUCGAGCUUCGUGGUUGUGAUUGCAAUGAUCCAGCGCAUACUGCUGCUAUUGCAGAGGUAUGUUUGGAUCACCCAUUGUUGAAAAGUGGAGCAGAAAUUAUUUGCUCGCCUUCAAACGGCGAAAAUUGUGUUGAAAGAAUACUAAAAGAAUUUGAAGAAGAUGUCAUACCAAUUAUUGUCUUUGCUAUUGAUGCCGAUACUUUAGAAGAUAAGGUUUUAGAUGAACUCCAUCAAAUAAAGUCAUUUGACAUGCAUUGUAUGCCCAUUUUCUUUAUCAAAGUUCCAUCUAGAGCAACUUCCGAGCUUACAGAAUCUUUACAAGAUGUUGCAAAAGAAGCAAUGUAUAACACGGGAGCUGAAUCGCCACUUCGAUUGCAACUUUAUAAAAGUGGUCUUUUAGAGAAAGAUCCAUUAGGAACAACAAAUCCAUUUUUAUAUACGACAGAUUUUUGCAACUCUAAAUGUAUUCUCAAAAAUGUAACCCCAAAAAAUACUCUAAUUGAAGAUUUUUCAUUGUUUGCGUGUUUUUUGGUAUUUGUUCGUCAAGUUUUACAGUAUCAUCUCAUAGCUGCUGCUUCAGUUUCUAAUGACGCGCAUACAAGAUGUCUAGGACUCUUCAUAAACACCGCGUUUGAUGUUACUAGAGAUAUUACUAUAACACCUAAACGAUUAGCUUAUGUGCGUUCCAAAGAAGAGAAUCUUUUUUAUUCCUUGUUGGAAGUAACUAACAAUAAACAAGAUGAAAUACGUGACGUAAUUCGAAAUGCAGUAAGUUUAAUGAGUGUCAAACUCCAGGAAGAAGCAGAACAAUUAAAUUUGGAAGGAAUUAAAUUAAAUGAAAAUUUUGAGUUAAGUAAUAUUAAAGACUUGGAUAAAUGUAUUGAACAAAUUGAAAAACUUGUUUUAAGCAGAUUGAAUUACAAAAUAGGAGGAAUGUUAGUCAGCUCAAUAGAAUUUUUAAAAGAUUGCUAUGUUGGCACUUUAAAACGAUGUUUAAGAAGCUUGGAAAAAGCGGACAACGAAGAUUUUAUGAUGGAAACAGGAAUUUCUUCAUCAAUGGCUUUAAAGCAGGUAUUAACUGCAGCUUAUCAACUAGAAAUUACACCGCAGACUAGUUUUACUUUUACAAGUUACCUUUGGAAAAAAAUUAAGGAAGCUAUACAGAUGCUGCCUGGAAAAUCAUCGCCAAUUAUAAAUUCAGCUUGGAAAAAAAAAGUUGUAGUCGAAAUUAUCAACAGUAUAAGUGAAUCUCGGCUUGCUAAAAAUAUUUGUUCACAAUUCCGGCUGCGCCUAACUCGUGCGCAUGAUGCUUUUACCCACUCUUUUCGAAUAUUAGAAAUGAGGCAUAACGAUCGUCUUGCAACCGAAGAAAGACGUCAACUAAAAUUGAAAAAAGUUUUCACGCCGUGCGUUGCGCGUUGCGUUCUAAGUAGUACUUCUUUACGUGAUUUAAUUUUACAUGGAAUGCCACAACUUGGCCGUGAAAUUGGCCGUGGUCAAUACGGCGUUGUGUAUGCUUGCGACAAGUGGGGUGGUAGAGGACCAUGCGCAGUUAAAUCUGUUGUACUUCCGGACGAUAAACAUUGGAAUGACUUGGCACUCGAAUUUUACUAUACAAGAGCAAUUCCAGAACAUAAGAGAAUCGUUAGUGUUCGGGGUUCAGUUAUAGACUACAGCUAUGCUGGUGGUAUGACUCCAGCUGUUUUAAUAGUCAUGGAUCGAUUACAGAGAGAUCUCUAUGCUGGAAUUAAAUCUGGAAUGAGUUUUCGAAGUCGGAUACAAGUUGCAAUUGAUGUUGUCGAAGGAUUGCGAUAUUUACAUUCUCAAGGGUUAAUUCAUCGCGAUAUAAAACUCAAAAAUGUUUUGCUCAAUUCAAAAAAUAGAGGAAAAAUAACUGAUCUUGGUUUUUGUAAACCUGGGGUAAUGAUUAAUGGUUCAAUUGUUGGCACUCCUAUACAUAUGGCACCAGAACUUUUUUCUGGGCAUUAUGAUAAAUCAGUAGACGUUUAUGCUUUUGGCAUUUUAUUUUGGUAUAUUUGCGCUGGAACUGUCCGAUUACCAGGAGCGUAUGAACAAUUUUCAUGUAAAGAUCAUUUAUGGGAUUCUGUGCGUCGAGGAAUACGCCCUGAACGAUUAGGUCAUUUUGACGAUGAGUGUUGGUCUGUCAUGAAUGAAUGUUGGUUGUCUGAUAACACGAAACGUCCGUUAUUUGGGGAAAUUCAACCCAUUUUAGAGAGCAUACAAGCCCGAGUAGUGGCUCAAAAUGGUCAAUUAUGUUCUCGGCGUCUUAGUGAAAUUGUUCUUAAUACCAAAUAAAAUUUAAAGUGAAACAAAAGAAAAA